ACGGUCUUUUACGCACGGCGUGCAGACUCCUCCCAGACAUGCCUGGAAGAAAAACGUCAUGUCACAGUUGCUGCUGGCCACUGUCAGAGACUCCAUCCACGCCGCCGUACGCUCCGCGACCCCGAUUCAAGCGUUCGCAUCAGAGAGGUUUUUUUACGCGCACGCGAUGAGGGUCUUUAUUUCGACAGUGGCCGUGUUGUGCGUCAUGGCAAUACCCUGCACGGAGGCUAUCCACGGAUUGUACAAUUUCGGACAGCAUGACUUACUGUACAAAAAGAACAACUGCAAACCGAUCCCCGCCAAUCUGCUCCUGUGCAACGAUAUCGAGUACACGGAGAUGCACCUCCCGAACCUGCUCGGGCACGAAACCAUGAACGAAGUCCUGCAGCAAGCCUCGUCGUGGAUCCCGCUGGUGCAGAAGCAGUGCCACCCCGACACAAGGAAAUUCCUCUGCUCCCUGUUCGCGCCCGUCUGCCUGGACGAUUUGGACGAGCCGAUACAGCCGUGCCGGUCUCUGUGCGAGAGCGUCCGGAACGGCUGCGCGCCCGUCAUGUCCGCGUUCGGCUUCCCUUGGCCGAAGAUGUUGGAGUGCGACCGUUUCCCACUCGACAACGACCUGUGCAUCCCGCCUGCAGGCAUCGAGAACUUUGUGGCAGUAACAAAAGAGGUUCCCAGGGUGUGUGAUGCCUGCAAGGAAACGGAUGAAAAUGACAAUGAAAUUGUGGACAACCUGUGUAAGAAUGACUUUGCCCUGAAGAUCAAAGUGAAAGAGAUCUCCUACAUCAACGGGGACACCAAGAUAGUCCCCGAGAACAAGAGCAAGACCAUCUACAAGCUGAACGGCGUGACGGAGCGCGACCUGAGGAAGACGGCGCUGUGGCUGAAGGACGGCCUGCAGUGCAUCUGCGAGGAGAUGAACGACAUCCACGCCGCCUACCUGGUCAUGGGCCAGAAGAUGGACGGCCACCUGGUCAUCACCUCGCUGAAGCGCUGGCAGAAGGGACAGCGAGAGUUCAAGAGGAUUUCCCGCAGCAUCCGCAAGCUGCAGUGCUAGGAGGUUAGGGUUGGGGGGGGUAGGAGGUGUGGAGGGUUUUUGGGGGGGUCCUGCAUGUGCAACUGUUGAAGAAAGAGCUCCUUCCAAUGGUUCUUCCUUAAAGGAUGUUUAUUUGGUCCAUUUCCCGAAUUAACAGGCACACAAAGCAUAUAUGCUGGUUACAAAUAACUCUACAAGUAUAAAAGUCCCGUAAAUUGCAGUAAUAUGAGACUGCAACCAUUGACUCCCAUUCAUUUUGCACUUGAGUGAGUCGUGAGCGCCUCCCAGUGGCCAGUAUUAAAAUGGCGUGUCUUCUUCUGGGGAGCUGUCGUUGCUGCUCCCCUCAUUAUUUGCACUGUACAUGCUUUGCAACUGUCAUCCAAGGUUGUUAAAAAUAGAACUACGUUGUUGGAGUGAAAACUAGAGUUUUUUUUUAUUUUUUUGAAAUUCAGGAUUCAAACACAAAACAAUUGAUUGAAAAAAAAUUUGGUCAAAUCCUUCCCCAGGGGUGAUUUAAGAUGUUUUCUUUUUCCCCUUUGGUAUUACAUGGGAUUUAUUUCUGCUUCUGCAUCAUCACCCAAAAAAAUCACCAUCAAACUUUUUAUGUUUUUCACGGGUAGUUCCUCAAACAAGGUGAAAUCCUCAACAAUCAAAACUCCGAAAAGAAACGAGUUGUAUCACGAAGGUCAAAGGCCUUGAAUGACUCAGCAACUACGAGUUUAAAGUCUUCCUAAAUAAAACCAUUUUUUUCACAUCGUUGCACCUAAAUAAUGACUGAUUCAUAUUUUGCGGCGCUUGUUAAAUGAAGCUGUGAUCCCAGUGUGAGUAGUGCAACGUUCAAAGACAAAUAUAACGUUAUUGUUUUUGUAUUCCCACCGUUUUCUCAAGUAAAAAAUAAGAGAUAGCUGGCUAUAUUCUCUUCCUGUUAAACAUUUUAAUACUCUUGGUUAUCUUUUUGUACUUGAGUAACUCCAUACCUUUUUUAUCACAAUAUGAAAGAACCGAUAUUUUUUCUAAUCCAGGUUUUCAUAUAUUGAUGUUUGCAUCUUUGCCCCGUUAUAUUUGAUGAGUGAGACAAGUUUUUUUUUUUCAGUAUUAUUGGAGGAUGAAUAUUUGAGUUUUGAUUGGCAGAGUUGAUUUGACGAGCAGUAACUUGUUAGGCACAUAUUAAAAAAAAAGGGGCCCUGCAUGCGUGUGUGUGCAAUGUAAAAAGUGUUUUUGAAGGUAUUAAUGUGUAAAUAUUAAAUACUGACUUUUAUUCUGUGUAUAGUUACCAGCAACAUAACGUUUUGAAAAGACUCAUUUAAUCCUUGUGUGGAAGGAAAUCAAUGUACUCACAAAUAAAUAAAGAAUUUAAAGAAAAUUAAACAUGGCCACAUUUUUAAUAAUGAAAGAAAAACCUAAAAUGUAUAUUAUCGCCGAAUCACCGCCAUCUAGGGGAAGUAAUAUCUGAUCAUCGUAAUCGGUUAUCAAAUAGUGUGUUUUGCAACAUUCUAUUUAUGGGGUUUUUUUGUAAAUAAAAAACACCAUUGACCAUUCAGAUUUAUGUAAAGCUUGGCUUGUAAUCCUUGUAUACAUUAAAUUACUUAUUGAAUCUAGCUUUUCUUGCUUGCUUGUAUACAAAAAUGUUUGUAAUUUGAUCAUGCGUUUUUGAGAAACACAUGACUCUCAUUGUAUGUGGCUUAUGCUCAAUUGUUUUGGGAUACUUGGAUUACUUCUUGUAUUGUUCCCUUACUGUGGACCUGAAGGAGGCCUGAGGCUUUUAAAUACUGUACGUAUGUCCUCAAAGUGGAAAACGAUCAGAAACAUUUAUUGUAUUUACCCAUAAACUUACAUUUGAGAAUCUGGAAA